AUGCUUGAAGAUGCGGACGAUUGGGUUCGUCUAGAAGAUGGCCAACAAGCAAUAACUGAAAGGAACCCGAAUGGCAUCACCUCUCCUUCGAUGUAUUCAUUGAUCUCGGAGAGUGAAGCGCAGAAUGGAGAAAUGGUGCUUGGUGGAGUCUCGACUAGUAGUGAAGGCGGUAAUUUCAUGGGGUGGUUACAGAAGGGUUGGCUGAAUCCAUCAGCAUUUUGGCACUUUGAUUGCCGCGGGUUUUCUUGGGUUGUGCAACCCAAGAAAACCCGGAACAACCGACAACCACGCCAUCAGCAACCCCAGUCCGUUUAUUCGCAAUCGAUUGAUGGACCUGUCUGA